AUGUGUUUUUUUGGUUUAUACUUUUCGGAUUUAAAAAAUUUUCGUCCUUUAUGGAGCCUUUAUAAUUUGGAAAGUUAUAUAAUAACGAGAAAUUAUCUAACAAUAAGGCUUAUUUUUCUUUCACAGGUAUUACAUGAUUUUCUACAAUCAGUUUGUGUGGAUGGCAUUGCAGUACUCAGAGGGCAGGAAUAUGGUCCAAACCUAAGAAAUGAAGUUUUUUUAAGUAUAAUUCGACGUAUUGGAAUGGUACAACCUACACAUUUUGGUGAAACUUUUGAAGUCUGCCCUAAACCGGAUGCAAGUAACAUGGCGUAUGCAAAUACUGGAGAACUUCCCUACCACACAGACUUUCCAUCUCUACAAGAUCCACCACAACUUCAAUUGCUUCAUAUGUGUAAACAGUCCGAAUGUGGUGGAGGGAAAAGUAUGUUUGUUGAUGGAUUUUCUAUUGCUAGAGAGAUGUCAUUAAAAUACCCUAAAGAAUACCAAAUUCUCAGUGAUUAUCCUUUGGAAUUUAUCGAAGAAGGUUAUGAUGUUCACAAUGUUAAAGGCUUUCAAGACAAGGAGGAAAGGGUUGAUUUUUCUAUGGUAGCCAGGCAUAAAACGUUCAAGUAUAUUUUUAGAAAUUCCAAAUUUUUCGCUCCAAAAUUUUCCUCUUAUGCACUCAUCCAGUGCUGUACACUCUCAACCGAUGAAUCUGGACUUAUACAAGUACAAUUCGGAAAUGUUAUGAGAAGCUGGUUUUUGGACAUGGCUGCAAAUGACCCUUUACUUGUUCAAAAUAUUUAUUCUUCACUUAAGUUGUUCACUGAAUUGUGCUAUUUACCUGAAAAUCAACUUAUUUUCUCGCUUAAUUCUGGUGACACAGUUCUUUGGGCCAACACAAGAAUUCUUCAUGCUCGUAGUGCUUAUAAUUUAAUUGGAAUACCUGAAAGGGAGCGUCAUCUACUUGGAUGCUAUUUUUCUUGGGAUACAAUAAAAUCAAAAAUUCGUCUAAUCAGAAGACAAUUAAAACUGGAGGAGGAUCAAGAAACACUUUAAAAGAAGGAUGCGAAUAUUUGCAAGCAGAGUAGAGCCAAUCGUUGAUAGGACUCGACAAAUUGUUCU